UAUUAGCGUAUGUUUUCAUUCGUAUCAUAUCGAUUUUGUGAAAUUUAAAUAGUUUACGUAUAUGCAUAUCGUAUACGUAUACACGAUGGUUGGAAGAAGGAAUUUUUUUUUGUAGCACAUAAUCGUAAGGAUAAAUAUGUUCUAUGAUACGGAAUCACAUUCGCCAUUGCCUGACGACAAAGAGUUUGUUAUAGAAACACCGCAUUUUCGUUCAAACAGCAAUACCGAACAAAUAGUAAUAUCGCAGAAACGUAAUCUAAAUGUAAUUGAUGCUAAAUGCGACAGUAUUAUAUUAACAUCGAUUGACAAAUAUGAAAAUGAUCAUCUUUCUGCGCUUAAUGCAAGCUGCAGUGCAGGAAAAGCGGAAACGGAAGAAACAGAUGACAAGUAUGAGAACGAUAAGAUAUCAGUUAUCGAUAAAGAUAUACGAAAUAGUUCCAAGGAAGAAAAAUCGCAUAAGUGUUGUGGGAACGCCGGCCUCUUCGAGAAAGUGUUUAAACCGAUAAAAAAAUCAGCGGAGGAUUUGAAACGAUCGAGAAGAAAAAAACGAGCAUUUUCAUUACUCGAUACCCUGAUCUCUACGAGUAUCGUUGCUCCUUUAUCGAUCGGCUUUUGGAGGAGUAUAUGGGCAAGCAUGGAUCAUCAUGCAGAAUUGUUUCCCAGCUGGUUUUGUUUUACGUUUGGCGCAGUUUUGCACGCAGCAUACACGGUUUUCAAAGAUCGAUUUCACGACGUUUACAUGAAGAAGUGGACUAAAUUAAAUUGGCGAAAACGACUGUUUUAUCGAGCUUUACGAAUCUUGUAUACUUACACCUUUGGAGUGGCGUGUAUCGCGCAUUGGCGGGGUAGUUGGAUCAUCAUCGAUAAUCAUCUAUUUGUGCACACAUGGAUAACAACGUCUUUGACAUGCUCGCUGCUGGUGUGCCUGGUGAUUCUACGUUCUAUUCGAAACUUGAUAGCAACUCCAUUGAUAAUUUUCAUCGACAUGCCUUCUUGCGUUUUUAAAUUUCCCACUAGAUACAAUGUGGUAAGUUAUAAAUACAUGGAAUAAUCUAGUUUAAUUUCUUGUCCUCAUUCUCAAUAAGAUUUACGCUAUCUAUAUAUAUAUGCGCGCGCGC